AUGGGCUACGCUGGCUUUGAGGUAAAUACUUCAGGAAGUAUAGCACACGGGGUUUGGUCACCCGAUGAGAUUACUCAGUCUUCCACAUGGAGGGAACUUAUUGCUGUUUAUAGAGUGUUAAAAUCUAUACCACAAGUACUUCGUUUUCAAAAGGUUAAAUGGUUUACUGAUAACCAGUCUGUUAGUAAAAUUGUAAAGAAAGGUUCCAUGGUUCACGAUUUGCAGAGUAUAGCUAUAGACAUUUAUAGGUUUUGUUUGAAUAACUCAAUUUUAAUUGACAUUGAAUGGAUACCUAGAUCUGAAAAUGAAAAAGCAGAUUAUCUUUCAAAAAUUUGUGAUUUUGACGACUGGGGUAUUUCAGAUGAAAUAUUAAACGCGGUGCAGAGAAAGUGGGGUAAUUUAGAGGUAGACUGGUUUGCUUCGGAUAAUAAUGCAAAAUUGCCAGUAUUUUAUUCCAGAUUUUGGAAUGUUAAUUCUAGUGGCGUAGAUGCAUUUACGGAAGACUGGUCAGGGAAGUUUGGGCUUUUUGUUCCACCUAUAUCCAUAGUAUCGGAGGUUCUUAAGAAAAUGUACACAGAUAAUGUUCAAGGUGUUCUUAUUAUUCCUCAUUGGUGUCAUAAAAAAGAUAUAGACGAGCUUCCGGUUAAGCUGGUGGAUAAGGUGACCCUAUUGCCACAGAUACUUCAACAUUCUAGAGCCUUUAGCACGUGCAAAAAUUAUAAUAGUGCGUUUAAUAGAUGGAUUAAGUGGGCCAUGUUAAAUGAUCUGGGUAGUGGGGACAUUUUGCCCGCCAGUGAGUUGCCGUUAGCCAUAUAUUUGACUUCUUUAAUACAAAGUUCUUUCACUCCGAAGCCUGUAGAGACAGCAUUUUAUGCAAUAAAAUGGAUUCACGAGAUUAAUGGUUUAGAUCCACCUACUGACUCUAGUAUGGUAAAAAAUGUUUUACAAUCAGCAAAGCGUAUUUUGUCAAAACCGGUGCUUAAAAAAGAACCGAUUACCGUAGAAUUACUUUCUUCUAUUUUUGAUAAUUUGUAUGUUGAUAAAAAUCUUAAGUCACAGAGAACUAUUUGUGCUUUUCUACUUUCAUUUUCUGGAUUUUUAAGAAGUUCUGAAUUGUUAUAUAAAAGAUGUGAUCUAGAUUUUUCAAGUACACAUAUGAAAAUUUUUAUUGAGUCGAGUAAAACAGAUCAGUAUAGAGAUGGAUCUUGGGUUAUAAUAGCAAGAACAGGCACGAAAUUAUGUCCAGUCACUAAUAUUGAAAAGUAUCUUGAAUGGGCUCAAUUUUCUAUGGACUCUUCAUGUUUCAUUUUUUGUAAUCUGAGCGCUACUAAAAAUGGUUAUAAGUGUAGGAAUGUUAACAGAGCAAUGUCAUAUAGUACUUUGCGAGAUUUAUUUAGGAAUGCUUUAACUCCAUUUGUAACAGAUAUAAACAAAUAUUGUUUACAUUCGUUAAGGUCAGGUGGCGCAACCGCUGCCGCUAAUAAAGGAGUCAAGGAUAGAAUGUUCAAACGACAUGGUCGUUGGUUAAGUGAAAAAGCUAAGGAUGGCUAUGUAAAAGAUAGUUUGGAUGAACGAUUAUUCGUUUCUCGGUGUUUAGGUUUAUGA